AUGAUGCAAUUAUUCUUUGCAGCCAUUUGUUUUACUCAACUGAUCAGUUUCAGUAGUUGCCUCUUGCAUCGCAGCCAGUUUCCUCUAACGUUUCUUUUUGGAACUGCAACGUCUGCUUAUCAGGUUGAAGGUGCCUACUUAGAAGGUAACAAAAGCCUCAACAAUUGGGAUGUAUUUACUCAUUUGCCAGGAGGUAUCAAGGAUGGAAGUAAUGCAGAUGUUUCUACCGAUCACUACCACCGCUACAUGGAAGAUGUGGAGUUAAUGCAUUCCCUUGGAGUGAAUUCUUAUAGAUUUUCCAUUUCAUGGUCCAGAAUCCUACCAAAAGGUAGAUUUGGGAAAGUUAAUCCUACAGGAAUUGAAUUCUACAACAAGCUAAUUAAUGCUCUCUUACAAAAAGGGAUACAACCAUUUGUUACAUUGCACCAUGUUGAUCUUCCUCAAGAACUUGAAGAUCGAUAUGACUCAUGGUUGAGCCCAGAAAUACAGAAAGAUUUUGGAUAUUUUGCGGAAGUAUGUUUCAAAGCUUUUGGGGAUAGAGUGAAAUAUUGGUCAACAAUGAAUGAGCCAAACCUUGUCGCAAAACUUGGUUAUAUCAUUGGGGAUAUCCCACCCAACCAUUGCACCAAACCCUCAAAUGGUUGUCGCUAUGGGAACCCAGCAAAUGAACCAUAUGUCGUUGCACACAACAUGAUAUUAUCACAUGCCAUUGCUGUAGACAUUUAUAGGAGAAAAUAUCAGGUUAAGCAAGGAGGUAUGAUUGGGAUCGUUAUACAUGCAAUGUGGUAUGAACCACUUAGAGAUACCCCAGCAGAUCACCUAGCAGCUGGACGGGCUGUUGAUUUCUUCCAUGCAUGGAUAUUGGACCCCAUAAUGUAUGGUGAUUAUCCUUCUGAAAUGCGUGAAAUAUUGGGUCCACUACUACCAAUAUUCUCACUAGAAGAAAAAGAAAAGUUGAAAAAUAAAUUAGACUUCAUUGGCUUGAAUCAUUAUACAACCUUCUAUGCACAAGAUUGCCUGUUCUCUCGAUGCAACUCUAUGGCUUCACAAAUUGAUGCGUUUGUGAAUCCCACAGCAGAAAGAAAUGGUCGUCCUAUUGGAGAGCCGACAGGGAUGCCAGACUUUUUUGUGGUUCCUUCUAGCAUGGAGAAGGUGGUCAUGUACUUCAAAGAAAGAUAUAACAACACUCCAAUGAUGAUUACUGAAAAUGGGUAUGCUGAUGCAAGCUCUCCCGAUUCUUCUGUCGAGGACUUUCUCAAUGAUACAAAGAGAGUAGACUUUUUAAGUAGCUAUUUAACUUCAUUAACCAAGGCAAUGAGCAAUGGAGCUAAUGUGAAGGGGUACUUCAUUUGGUCUCUACUCGACAAUUUUGAAUGGUCAAAUGGAUAUUCUUUACGAUUUGGGAUUCAUUAUGUGAACUACAAUACAUUGGAGAGAAUACCAAAAUUAUCUGCAAAAUGGUACAAGAAAUUUCUAAAUGGAGUGAAGAUGGAGGAACCAAUAGGCAGUGACAUUAAAAUUCGACGUGUUUUAUCAUAA